CAGUCGAGUUGGUUGCGAGUUGCGACGCUCUCGCCCGUACACUUCUGUUGUAAAUUCCCUUGUAACGAUGAAGUUUGCAAUUGCCCUAUUGGCGGCUGCGUCUUUGGCUACUGGUUUACAAUAUGACGGAUUUCGAGUGAAAUUUGGCUGGUCAGAUGCACUAGCUGAUAAAGAAUACUUCUUCAGUCUGCCACGCGUUGUGAGCGAUGCUGAGGCGAAUGGUUGGCGACGCACCGAGCGACCCCCAGGGCCAUUGCCUGAGCUUCGCAUGUACUGCUCCACGGGCAAGAAUGUUUGUCCGUUAUACGAUACUGCCGGGUUCAUAGCAGGACUACAAGUCGCCAUACCAGUUGAAGGUUACGAAUACCCUCCAUUCUGGGUUCCGGAAAAAAAACUAGUGAAAUGGGUCGCAAAAGCCUCGCAUGGGGAGCCAGAGAAGGAGUACUGGACUGCUACACAAUUCUACGUCUCCGAAGAAUCACUGAAGGCAGGCGCCGGGCCAACCAUAGAGAACGGUGCGACGCUCCAAGACGGCGGCGUGUGGGUGGCUGGCCCCGACGGCCGCCUCAUGAGGAUACCCAGCACAGAGGCUGAACUCAACACCACCUCGUGGAAGAAACAAAAUUGCAUUCCUAACAUGGGUAUCCACUACCACUACAAUAUGGCACCAGAUCUGAAGUGCGAGGACUUGUUCCCUUGGUUCGCAACGACUACGGACACAGACCUCGCUGUCGUCGGCUUCCAGAUAAUUGGGAGAAUACCCAAACAAAAUCCUGACUGGUUCGAGAAAAUCCCGAAGGAAAGCGCCCCGAUAACUAUCCCCUUAGCACCACAAUGUUUAUACGACAAUGUCGAUAAGUACGGCGUUAUAUCUUUACACGUUUAUUUUAUCGAUAAACCGUGGACAAUCAAAUGCAAAGACGGUGAUUCGAUCAAAAAACCAGGCGUCGUCGCGCGACUGAUGUUGAACAGUGCUAAAUACGCCAAUAAAAUUGUUGAUGAAGUGAAGAACGUUUUUGGAUGAUUUUAUAAUAUCUUGAGAACGCCAUAUUUUGCUAAUUUGGCACAUUACUUAUUACCGAUCAUUUGUGAAUAAAAUUUACACACUUACUUUUUGUGUAUUA